AUGAUCACGAAGGCGGUCACCAGCGUAACACAAUUCGCUACCACUCCCCAGCCCGAUCAUCUUAUGUCAAACUCCUUCCUCGCGUGGUCUGGUGGCGUUCUUAACAUUACCAACAGUGCUUUACUCAUCUUCGUUCUCAUCCUAAUUUUCAUCGCUAUAAUUCUCGGGUGUGUUCUGCUAAUUUGUAUCUUCAGGUGUUGCUGCUCCAAGCGCCAGAAACACAGACCUACCUAUCAGAAAAUGCCAUCUCUUUAUGUCGAUCAAUUGCCAGGUCAGGGUGGUAAGGUGGAUGCCCUAGGGACGUUGGAGUACUCUCUCGAAUACAGUAUGAAGACAAACGAACUGAAAGUGGGUGUCAUUCAAGUUAUGGACUUGAGUGCCAAGUCGGCCUCUGAUCAGCUGGAUCCCUAUGUUAAAGUGAUUCUCGUCAUCGAUGAUCCCGUCGACAAGCCCAAACCAAAGCAUAAGCAAAGGUCGCCAAUUUACAAGACGGACAUCAAGCAUAACUGCCAAAGCGCGUGUUUCAAUGAGCAAUUCAGCUACAAACUGCCUUAUGAUUGCCUAAAACGAGCCCAUAUUCGCUUGAUUGUCUAUGACUACGACUCAAACUUGAAGGAUCUUGUCGUUGGUGAGGUGUUUGUCAGUCUGGAGGCGAUUCCUAUGGAGAACUACGUUGGGAAGACGUAUGAAGCUGUGGGAUAUUUGGGCCCAUCAUUAGGCGCAGAUGAUGAGCCAGGGCAACUUUGUAUAGUUCUCAAGCAGGUGCUUCAAUCAGAGGAACUUCAUGUGCACAUUUUAGAGGCACGCCAGCUGGCGCUCCCUCUGUUGCACGGAAAGCGGUAUCCAGAUACUCAAGUCUCGGUUACUCUGCACAUUGGAAAUAAGAAGCUUGCCAACAAAAAGACAGGCUUCCGUGAAGGCAAUGUUAAUCCUUAUUUCGGCGAGACCCUGAUAUUUAACGUGAGACGAGACAAACUUAUAGUUGCAGAUCUGACAUGUAGUAUCAAGUACCGGGCUCAUGGAGGACUGCUAAGGACCUUUGGAAAGGUUCAUCUUGGAACAACUGUGAACGAGGCAUCUAAUCAGAAACAAUGGAAUGAAAUGAUCCAGAGCCCCGGUAGACCAGUAGCUAUGUGGCAUUCCAUUGUUCCCAAGGUCGAACACCACUAG